AAAAAAAUAAAAAAAAUAAAAAAAAAAUAAAAAAAAAAAUUAAAAUAUAGCCCCUUGCUUAUAAUUGUUUUUAUUUAUUUUAUUUUAUUCACUAAUUAAUAAUGUCAUUCUUUGGUGGAAGUGGUUAUCAACAACAACAACAACAAAUCAAUCCUCAGAAUAUUGCUUUAGCAGAGCAAGAGCUUGAGAUGGUAACAGACUUGUUUAAUAGAAUUGUUGACUCUUGUCAUAAGAAAUGUAUCUCUAAAGAAUAUAAUCAAAACGAUUUAAGUCAAGGAGAAGCUGUCUGUAUAGAUCGUUGUGUUGCAAAGUUUAUUGAAGUUAAUGCAAAGGUUGGUGAAAAGAUGCAACAAGUAGGAGGUCAACAACAACAACAGCAACAAUAGUAGUAGUAGUAGUAG